UGACCAGUUCUGAUCCUACUUAGUGGGAUCUGAUGCACCCAAAGACUGAUGUAAUAUGACUGCAGGAUAUCUCAUUGUAAGUUUCAUCUAUCUUGAGUCAUAAUGUCUAGAUGAGGUCAUGGAAUGCUUGAGAAGAAAUGAAAGAGGGGCCUUGCAAAAACUUCCUACACAACCCUGGCAGCCCCAGUGACUGGGAAAUGUGACCUUCCUGUUCAGAAACAGUAUAAAUCAAGAUUAUAAAUCGUAUAGAUGACACCCUUGCUCCUGGAGGUUCUGUAAUUAGAGUCGAGUGGCUGUGACAGGGGUUUUGUGUGAGGGUGUCAGACAGAGAUGACUGUAAACUACUAAUUUGCAGAGGAGAAAAAGCAAAGUAACAAGCAGCACUUUCAGUGUGGUGACAAGGACACGCACCAUGGAGCAUGAGUUUUCUGACUCUGAGGAGGAUGAAGACCAGAAUGAGGAGAUGUCUGAGGGCAGCCUGUCUGUGGAAUUCCUGUUGCUUGCUGACCAAUCCAACAGCCCAGCAGAGGAAAAGACGAGAGCAGAUAGUUCUGACACAGACCUAGAGAUUGAAGAUCCUGAGAGGUCCUUUGCAACCAUGAAGGGUGCAGAGCUAUAUCUAGAAGCUUGCAAACUGGUGGGGGUGGUGCCUGUCUCUUACUUCCUUCGGAACAUGGAGGAGCCUUACAUGAACCUGAACCAUCACGGUCUAGGACCCCAGGGUGCCAAAGCCAUUGCCAUCGCACUGGUGUCCAACACAACCAUCACUCAUCUGGAGCUGGAAGAUAACUGGAUCCUGGCUGAAGGAGUCACGUGUCUGGUACAGAUGCUGCGAGAGAACUGCUACAUUCAAGAACUGAACGUCUCCAAUAACCACAUAGGCACAGAAGGAGCGGAAGCCAUCUCCAGGAUGUUCCUGGAUAAUAUAUCUAGUCUCCGGGCUGUUCAGCUCUCAGGAAACAACUUUAGGGAGGAAACUGCACAGUACUUUGCCGAGGCACUAGUGGGCAAUUACCGAGUGAAGGAGCUGGACCUCAGCCACAAUGAGUUCUCUGAGAAGGGAGGAGAGCAUCUGGGACAGAUGUUGGCCAACAAUGAAGCACUUGAGUUUCUGAACCUGAGCUGGAACCACUUGCGGAUGAAGGGGGCUGUGGCAUUGGGUGCUGGUCUCAGAGUCAAUGGAACUCUGAAGAUACUUGACCUCUCAUGGAAUGGCUUUGGGAAUGAAGGGGCUCUGGCCCUUGGAGAAGCUCUCAAACUCAACAACAUUCUGGUCAAACUGGACAUCAGCAGCAACCAUAUCAACAAUGAAGGGGCUGGGAAACUGGCCAAGGGGCUAGAGGUCAAUGGAAAUCUCAAAAUCUUGAAGCUGUCUCAUAAUCCCCUAACUGUAGAGGGCGCCGUUGCACUUGUCACAUCCAUCAGGAAGAAUCCAAAAUCCAAGAUGGAAGAGAUCAACAUCUCAAAUGUGCUUGUGAAUGGAAGCUUCCUCAAGCUGCUGGAUGUGGUGUGUCAGGUGCAUCCUGAAUUAGAUGUCAUCUAUGGUGGGGUUCGAGGCUUCAUCUCCAAGAAGCCUGAACAGCGUCCAGACCCCAUGAAGCUGAUUCAGAAUUACUUAGAUGAGCGCAAGUUGAGACUCUGGGAUUUCUUUAGAAAUAUGGACAAAAACGGAAGUAUGAAGAUCCCUGUGGCAGAAUUCCGGAAAGCCAUGAUGCAGCAAUCAAGAAUUCCACUAGAUCGAGCCCAGAUUGGAGAACUGGUGCACAAAUUGGACCGGCACCAGACAGGAAUGGUGGAUUACAGGAGCCUGGUGGACACACAGAAGCAGAUGGUACGAGACCAGCGGUGGCAGCUAAGGAGGGAAGAGUCACGGCAGAAGAAGGAGAAGCACAAGAGUGAGCAUGUGCUGCAGACUUUCAAGACUGCCGUGGAAAUGGUCACAUCACGCAGUUCCCUGGUGAUGUGUUCUGGCCAGAAGCCUCUGGCACUGCCCAAGUCUGACCUUGCCCACUUCCCAACCACUUCUCUCAGCUCAUGGUGCCAACCAGCCAUCACCGGGAAAUCCACAAGCAGCCAGAACUCUGCUGAGCCAGCAUUCAGUGAGCAAAAGGGCUCCUCCAGCCAUCAGCUGUCCCAGAGUGAACCACAUUCGGCCUCACGGGACAUGUCAACCUCUGACUUGGAAGUGAAAUUUUACUCCCAGCGCAACCUCAGUAUCUCAGAAGCCCAAACCCACUCCCAGUACAGCAUAGCAACCUCUGACCUGGAAACAUACUCCAAGGCCCAGUCUAGUGACAAUGCCUCUUCUUACAGGGUGAUGCCACGGGAGACCAGAUGUUCUGCUCACGAGUCUCACUACUUGGCCAGGAACUGCCAUGCUGCCUCAUCACCACAGAAGCAUGGGCACAGUGCUAAGUCAUCCAAAUGACAAGACUGAGGUGAUGGGAAAUGACCAGCCCAACAAGGGGUCAGGGAAGUGGUGAUGGGAGUCUCAGAGGGUGAUAAUACAUAGGGAUGUGUGUGGUUUAUUUCCUGGUAACAAACCCAUCCCCUUUCUUCUAUCUACUUUUCACUGCAGUUCAUCUGUGCUAUGCUACAGAAAUGCCCUACCUAGCCAAAUGCAAGCUACUAAAAUUCACACCUCUCACAUACACUCAGGUGAGGGGAAAUAAUACCCAGCACCAUAAGGGACAGUGGGACUCCACAUUCUAGCUCACAGUCACCUGGAAGCUGAAGUGAUGACAAAACAAAGGUGAACCUGGUGUUCAGGCAGUCACAUACCACAGUGAUGCGCACAGUGUAAAUGCUUUGAUGAACAAGUUAGAUGGAUAGGUAAGCAUGCUUCACUAUCUCAAUUGCUGGGUGAGCUGUUGGUACCCUGGGUUUGCUCCCCUAGUUAGGGUGUUGUACCUGACAGUGCCUUGAGUUACAGUGCUCCCUGGGUUAGAGUGCUGGAUGGGUAGGAGUGUCCUGGGUGUGCUCCCCUUGAAUGCUAGGUGAUUUCGGGUACCUCAAGUGGAUGUGAUUGUUGGUUCUCUUAUUAGUGGUUCUCAGCCUUGGGACUGAGACCCAGGCUGUGGCCCAAAGAUGUGUUCAUUGUGAGGGGAGUCACAAAACUGUGCAAAAUUUAAACUGGCAUUAGAAAACUCGUCCGUACCCUUGUGGUUGCAAAGAACAUCAGAACAGCCAGACUGGGUCAGACCAAUGGUUCUUCUAGCCCAGGAUCAUGUCUUCUGGCAGUGGCUUGUGCCAGAUGCUUCAGAGAGAAUAAACAGAACAGGGCGAUUAUUGAAUGAUCCAUCCCGUUGUCCAGACCCAGCUUCUGGCAGUUAGAGGCUUGUUGUUGUUGUUCAUACUUAGAAUUGAAAGAUGACCAUGGUAUAACUGGUUGGUUUGGUUUCUGUGAACACAUGAGUGGCUGAUGAGGCCAAUUUGAGCUUUGAAUUGCCUUUGGCAAAAUAAACAAUAGAUGCUGCUAUGGGUUGCUUGAUUAAGAGCAGACGUGCUGCUGUUGUGAGAUUUAUGCUGCUGAUGCUUCGGCUCUGCCUCAGCAGUUCUCCUCUGCUCAUAGACUAGGGGUCGGCAACCUUCCAGAGGUGGUGUGCCGAGUCUUCAUUUAUUCACUCUAAUUUAAGGUUUUGCGUGCCAGUAAUACAUUUUA